AUGAGGAACAUCAAUGCUGAAUCUACCAUCGAAGCGUUGAAUAAAAUAUUUGUAAUGUGGGGAUACCCUUUAAUCAUGCAAAGUGAUAACGGGCCCCCAUUCCAAAGUAAGCUGUUUAUUAACACCUGGCAAAAUAGGGGCAUAGUUGUUCGAAAAUCAAUACCACUAAGUCCCCAAUCAAAUGGGGCCAUAGAAAGACAGAACCAAGGUAUUAAGAAGGUUUUAGCAGGAUCAAAGUUAGAUAACAUCAACUGGCGAACGGCACUUGAUAGUUACAUUCACAACCACAACAAAGUGCGACCACUCUCACGUCUCGGUGUUACGCCUUUUGAGUUAUUGGUAGGGUGGAAGUGGCGUGGCACGUUUCCUUGUCUGUGGGAAACCAAAUCUAACAAAGGAAUCGAUCUCGAAGCGGUGCGUGAAAAGGACGCCUUCUCAAAGCAGGAAAGCAAACGGUACACGGUUGCGAGACGAGGAGCUAAGGAAUCGAACCUAGUGGUAGGUGAUAGAGUUGUUCUUGUUCAACAAAAGCGGCUUAAGGUGAAGCGAGCGCAAACCGGCAGCAACGAUAGGAGAUUGAUACGGAUAUUCACCGGGUUGAGUACCUAUCCGAGUCCGAGUCAAAAGCCCUACGAGCUAAACUAUUUAGUUGUCGAAUGGACGGCAGGAUGCAAGACUCGGACGGCGAUUCAACAAUUGCGCCGACUAAAAGAUCCAGCAGUGAAGAUAUCGUUCGUUGAAGUACGUGGAACUAGGGCAGUAGAUGUUCCGGAAGGUGUCAGCGUAGAAGAUCAGAGGACGAUCAUCAAGAAUAUCUUUAUCGAAACGAGCAAGACCAACCCGGGUGAGCUGCGCGGUAUUUGGCUCUAG